CCAUUAAUAUCGAGAUGCUGGAACCAAUAGGACCUCUCGGAUUUCAUCAUGCUGUAGCCGCAUGCACGCGCGAGUGGCGCCGGGCCAAUAGCGUUACGUGAAACACAAGAUUUAUGUGUCAACGUGCUGAGUUGAGCUAAAGCAGAGCUGUCAGAGAGGCAGUAAAGCCUGGUCCAGCUGCUGCAUACAGGCGCAGUGGACGGCUGAUGCCUGGGCUUCAUCAGGACUUGACUUUUGCAGGACAAUAGUUGUUUCCUAUUUGUAUUUAGUCGAUUUUUUACUGGUUUUGAACGCUUGGAGGGGUUCAAACGGAAGCUACGCCUGUUAACGGUUUUCGCCAUGAUUUAAAUGAGGCGACACACCUUUUUGUAGAGGACUGGUGUGAAAUAUCUGCAUCCCGAAUCUGUGGGACUGUUUACAGUUGGUUAAAUUUGACUUGUAACCACACGAUGGAAAAGGAUAUCGUUCAUUCGAGCUUGUGGGAUGCUUUACCGAUUUAGUUUUACAGAAGUGUGAGUGUGAAUGAGCUGGUAACGUUAGAGCACACAUCCCAGCCAACUGUAACCUUCAAGCUAACGUCAAUGACAGCUAGCGGUUAGCUGGUGUGAGUUGGUGGAUUUCCGAGAGUUUUCAUCAUUCUUCCGCUGCGCGUUUGCAGAGGGAUGCGUGAACGCGAUGCACUGAAUAACGAACGGGACGAAGAGCGUGUCGAGAUCCGGCGGGGCGCUGCUGAUCGUGAACAGCUUGUGUCAAGACAUCGCCAUAGUGCCACGCGCAGAGAGGGAUUUCAUUCAUCCGAGCCUACCCGGUGUUAAACAUGGCCUCUGCAGCCAGCAGCCUCGCUGCAUCCAUCGCCAGCAAAACCAAAACCGAGAAGAAAAAGAAGAAGCAGCAUUUCGUGUCUCAGAAGGUGAAGCUGUUUCGGGCCAGCGACCCGCUGCUCAGCGUCUUGAUGUGGGGAGUGAACCACUCGAUAAAUGAACUCAGACACAUCCAGAUUCCUGUUAUGCUGAUGCCUGAUGACUUCAAAGCCAACUCGAAGAUUAAGGUGGACAACCACCUCUUCAACAAAGAGAACAUGCCAAGCCAUUUUAAGUUUAAGGAGUACUGUCCCCUAGUCUUCCGCAAUCUGAGGGAGCGGUUCUCCAUUGAUGAUCAGGAAUAUCAGAACUCUCUGACUCGCAGGGCCCCAAUUCCCAGUGACGCUCAGGGCCGCAGUGGAGCUCGAUUCCACACUUCACACAACAAGAGGUAUGUCAUCAAGAUCAUCACCAGCGAGGACGUGGCUGAGAUGCACAACAUCCUGAAGAAAUACCACCAGUAUAUAGUGGAGUGCCAUGGAAACACGCUGCUCCCUCAGUUUCUGGGCAUGUACCGCCUCACAGUGGAUGGAGAUGAGACCUACAUGAUCGUCACUCGUAAUGUUUUCAGCCACCGCCUGCCUGUUUACAAAAAAUAUGACUUAAAGGGAUCUACAGUGGCAAGAGAAGCUAGUGACAAAGAAAAGCCACGUCCACCUGAAGAGGCUCCGUCCAAAUCACGCAUGAGCCAAAAGCUACAAACCAUCCGGAUCGCCACACGCUUUUACUGCGCCAUAAGACACACAAAGGAACUCCCGACUUACAAAGACAACGACUUCAUCAACGAUGGCCAGAAGAUCUGCAUAGAUGAUGAAAACAAGAAAAUGUUUCUAGAGAAGCUGAAGAAUGACGUUGAGUUCCUGGCGCAGCUGAAGCUGAUGGACUACAGCCUGCUGGUGGGCAUUCAUGAUGUGGAGCGAGGAGAGCAGGAGCAGCCAGAGGAGGAGAGCGAGGACAAUGACGCGGGCGAGGAGGAGGGCACUGAGAGCGACGGAGGGGCCACCGGAUCCCCGCCGGACAGUCCCAGUAACACACUGGACAGCAAUAGGCCUCUGGGGCCAGGAGAGUUUGACCCCAUCAUCGACGUAUAUGCCAUCAAGAGCCAUGAAAAUGCUCCUAAAAAAGAAAUCUACUUCAUGGCGGUGAUUGACAUUCUCACUCCAUAUGAUGCCAAGAAGAAAGCAGCUCACGCAGCCAAAACUGUCAAACACGGGGCAGGGGCAGAGAUCUCAACGGUCAACCCUGAGCAAUACUCAAAGCGCUUUUAUGAUUUCAUCACCACCAUUCUGUCCUAACUGAGGCUGGAAGGAGACGGAGAAACAGGUGGUCACACAUAUGAGCUCAUAUCCUGGGAAAGGGUAACAGAUCCAGUGUCUCUCUCUCUCUCCCCCUCUGUCACUGGAUCACGUCUCAGAUCCGUCGAGAUCUUUUUUUUGUUUACAUUUUCUUUUUUCUCCUCCGUUCGAUUCGUUCGGUAGGUUUCUGGCUCCGUGUGGUUGAAAAGGCAUACAUGUGAUAUAGUCAUGCAUAUAUAGCGUUCUGUACCUUCGUUGUUAGAUAUCGUUGAUUGAGAAUAUGAGUGAUGUUGUUCGUGACCAGCUACGUGGUAUGAUUCUCAUACUGGAAUUCUCAAAGCUGCUUAAAUAUUUAUUAUUAUUCUUAUGUUUUCUGCAGAGUUGUUAUUGAUAAAAAUGUCCACUUUUGAAUAAUACGUUUAAAAAUAUAUCUAUAUAUGUUUUUGGAUUUAUGAAGUAAAUUUAGCCCUGAACAAAUAUGAACACAGUCAGAGUAACAUAAAUUGGAGUGUUUAUUGCACUAUCGCUCUUUAGCUUCAGGCAGUACCUCAAAUCAGAUCCGUCUGUUUACAAAGCAUAUACUGGAGGUCAGAUGUUUGGAAGAAUUAUUUUUAUUUAUUCAAUACUUUCAAGGUUUCAUCUAAAGUACUGAAAAAGUUAUAUUGCGAACUAUUUUUGGUGUCAAUACAUUUUAAAAAUGUCAUUUAUUCAUGUAAAGCAAAGAUCGCUUCAGACCUUAGUGUCAUAUGAUUGUUCAGAAAUCAUUCUUAAAUUCUUAUUUGCUGCUUAAUUAACUAUUAUAUUUGUACCUAAUAUUAAUAUUUAAAAUAGCUGAUUAAUUGUUAAUUGUGUCACUGCUCAGUUUUGAUUUUUGAGUUGUUUGAUUUAAGUAUGGAAAAAUAAUUUUACACAGGGUGACCGCAAGGUCUUAAAAAGUUUUAGAGUGUCUUAAGCCCUGAUCAGAUACCAAGAUUUUGUCAUGAUUUCCUUGACGUAGGGUAUCGAGGGGAGUCGUAAACGACAAAUAGUUUCUUCUUGUAUAUUGUGGCAUAGACAACCGAUACCUUGUCUGCAAUGCCUCACGAAACCAUCGCAAAUAGUCUUGCAUGUUUAAUAUAUUCCCAAUAAUCAUGAUGAGUUCUGUCACAUGGGUGACACUGGGCAAUAGGAGCACGUCAUUUUUCAGUAAUAUCUGCUGGUGCUGCCUUUAAUGCACAGGUCAGGUAAUCGAAAAAUAGGGUGCAUUUUUACUUGUGGGUCUUGGGUGGAUAAGAUCAGUCAUUGGUUAUGCAAACUUAAAAAACUUUAAUAUUUUAGAAAAAGUAGUUAAAGCAAUUUUUAUUUGACAGACUGGAACAAAUAUGCAGA